AACUUUUUGACGAAACAGAAAAAAUUUUCUUGUUUGUAAAUUCUCCUUUGAAUCUCUUUCUUUUUUACUUAAUCUUUUUUCUUACGAAAAGUUUCAACAACACAUACACAAAGAAGAAGAGGAGCAAAACAAAGACAAAAGACAAAGAAAGAGAUUUUAUAUUUAAAAAUCUUCUUUCUUUUCCCUUCUUUUUCUUUUUUAUUCAAACUUUUCCAACUCUGUCUCUUUUUUACCUUGUCUUUCUGUCUUUGCCUUUUAUUCUUUCAAUAAACAACUUAUUGUCAGUAAAACAGAAGGGCAAUGCAUCCAACUCUAUCAACGCCUUCUUCAGAACUCACUGUGACUCAACUCGCAGAUUUUGCUGCUUCUAUCACUUAUUUGAUGUGGCAUGCACGCAGACCAAGUACUACUACUAAAAUGACAACACAUGAACAAUCAUUUGCUAAUCCUAUGGGAAAUGACAUGGCCUAUCUGAUGUGGCAAGCAAAGAAACCAAUGACGAAUAUGAGACAUGAUCACACCAUCAUGUUUACAGCUAGUCCAGCAUUCAAAAAAUUCUGUUAUCAAAUCUUAUCUGCCACUCAACUUAAGGACUCCGUAGUCUAUCUCUGUCUGAAGUAUAUUGCCAAUCUUCUGCAAGCUAACCCUGGUAUCGAAGGUGCUGAAGGUUCAGAAUAUCGAUUGUUUGUUGUCGCCUUGAUGUUGGCUAAUAAAUACUUGGAUGAUAAUACAUAUACCAACAAGACAUGGUCAGAAGUCAGUGGAAUGAAAAUAAAUGAUUUAAACAUUAUGGAGGCUGAAUUCCUUGAGGCCAUCGAUUUUAACUUGCAUAUCCGUGCUCAAGACUUUGCUAUCUGGAAGAUACUAUUGGAAUCCUGUCGUGAUCGAUACCAAUUCAGUUAUUUAGAUACACCUGAGCAAAGACAGAAAGCAAUUUCUAAUACACUUCACACACUUGGUCUCUAUCAUGAUCAGUUUGAACACAGAAUUGUACAAGAAAAAGUACAAGAGACAGACCAUAUCAGUCGCAUUACUGAUUUGUUGGAUAAAUCCUACAAAAAGUAUCUUGCAUCUGUUGAAAAUCAAGAACGACAAAGGAAGGUUAAAUUGGAUGAUGAAUACCUUAAUUACUAUCGUCUUAGACCCAUUACUACUACCCCAACGGUCUCUAUAACAACGACAGCAACAACAGAAAGGCGCAGUGUCCAACCGCCCUUAUUAGCUCCGAACCAAUUACCUAUCACUUUACAACCACCUGCAGUUCGUUACGGAGGUUAUAGUAAUGCAUGCCGAUAUGUAAAUCGUAACCAUCCAAUCACUAACUUAUCUCAAAAAUCAUGGGAUCCUCUUGCUUAUAGCUUACGCUGUCAGGGAUCCUAUACGAAUGCAACUAAUGAUCAACACUUGAAUGUUACAGCAAGACCUAUUUCUUGGAGAAACUUUUACUAGUUUUUUUUUUUUUUU